AUGCCUAAGAAGCAGGGAGAGCGCGUGGGCGUAGCUCAGGAGGUGAGGAGACCGGCACGUUGCCCGGGCAACCAGGAGGAGAAGGGGGCUUUUUCGGGGGGGGGAGCACCUUACUGAGGGCGUGGCAAGGAUCCGUGAAAGAUGGCAGAGGGGAUGGGCGUGAAUGGGGCGGGGCAGCGGGAGCGGGUUUUACAAAUAGGUCAGCCUUGGGAGGGGGGAGAUGCAUAUAGGAUGGGAAGAGAAAUUGGUGCUAGAAUGGGGAGCGGUAGUGGCUAAGCAUGUUGCACUCACCUACCCCGUGGGGUUGUUGUGAGGAUAAAAUGGAAGAGGAGCACGCACACUGCCUUAAGGUCCUUGGAUGUGUAGUCCCUAAGUAAGGAGUGGAGAGGGAUGUCUGCAGGAAAUAAUUGUGGAUAUAUUAGAUUGCUCUGAAUAGUUGACCAAAGCACGCCUCUUCAACCAACCACGCUGUUGUAAGUGCCUGUGAGCAUGCCUAGCUCAGUGGUCAAGCGCUCUGUUACGACUUAAAGCUGAAGGGACAACAUCGAAAUGUAAUAAGUAAGCAAAUAAGCAACGGACACAGAUGGGUGUCUGUGGCAAACGCCUCUUUUAACUAUGCUGUUGUACAUUAGGUGUUGUAUCUCUUAUUCUUAGGACCUGAUACAUAUCAGGUAGGGUGACCAGCUGCAAGAAAGGGCAGAGCUCUUGCAUCUUGGAAUAGUUUUGUAAAAGGGGAGAAAGGAAUUGGUGUAAGCUUGUCAUGUCAUGUCUUAGCCUUAGCUUGCCAUCCAGGGUUAUUGUGAUGAUCAAAUGCCACAAUGGAAUGUCUAGGCACCAUUUUUUACCUGCAGUUGAAAUUAUUUAUUUAUUUAUUUAUUUAUUUUCUUUAAGAAUAAAUUUCAAGGUGGUUUACAACACAUCAAAACAUCAAAUCCAGAAUAAAACAAAUUCAAGCUUCAAGGAAAAUAUUUCAGAUCCUUCUCUAGGUGACAUUUUGCUUUCCCCAGUCGCCACCCUGGCAUCCAGAGAUCUCCACAUAGUCACAAUUGGACACAUGCCAGUUGCAAAACGCGCCUGACGCCUGGUUAAUUCUAACACUGGUUGGUAUGGCUAGAGCUUGAAAAGGUGUAGUGAGAAUGUGGCAGGCAGAAAGUUAAUUGGUACAGCCUUUACAGCCUAUUAUACUAAUUAGCAUCCUAAAUUGGUUACUUGUUACACUUUUAUGUUACCCUUCUGUAGAAGCCCAGGGUGAUGUACAUGGUUUUCUCACACCCUCGCCCAUUUUAUCCACAUAAGAACUCUGUGAAGUAGGCUCAGCCAAGAUCACACAAUGAGCUUCCUGUUUAGGUGAGGAUUUGAAACCAGGUCUUCCCAGUCCCAGGCUGACAGUCUAAUCACUGUACCAGUGUCUCAAGUGCAGGAUCUUUAACACUUCUGCACCUUAUUUAUUCCUCGGCAUAGCACUUCAUGCACCUGAUGCAGUCCACAUAAAAUCUUAGCCUUUGCUGUUUUUGCUGCAAAUAAUUUCUGGUUUUGGAACCUUAGUUCCGACAUGCUGGAAAUUUAAUUCUGAAUUACUGGCAAAAGGGGAGAAUAAUUUAUUUGAUAAACUCUUUCCCUCCCUCCCUCACCUGUUAGUGGGAGAAGAGUGAAGGAGAAACCUAUAACUAUCCUAGCUCGCUAUCACUGUCCUUGUAUAAAAUUCACCUUCUUUGGGAAAGGUGGUGGUAUUAGUUGGAAGGCGCAACUGGAAUACAGAUCCCUAGCUUUUUCUAGCUGGCUUGGUACCAUCUCUGAGGGUGCUUGCCAUGCUAGCUGCCGUUCAUAUCUGCUCCGCCUUUGCAGUUGGCCUUGGAGGUGUUAUGUCUUCACUUCUUAUACAUCCUUCCUAUUCUGCUGUUUAGUCCCUUGGCUUUCAGUUCAGUGUGCUUUCUGUGUAGUGAAAUAAUUUGGCGAGAAUAAUGUGGAAAGCACUGCAUAUGACUGAGCCAAGGGUGGAGGAGAAAUAUUGAAAUUUCCUAUCAUUUGUCGUGAAGAGCCAUGGUCAAUAUCUGAAUCAAUGCUUGGGUGACAAGGCACCUUGGAAUUUCCCCAGUGUUACUAGGCAUUACUGUUCCCCCCCGCCGCCGCCAUGUUGCUUGGCUCAGUCACCAUUCCCUCUCUUUCCUCCCUGCCCACCCCCUCCAACACCAGCCUAAGAAGCCAGGAUGAGAAAUGACUUCUAGAAUUUGCUGGUUCUGCCCUUUCAGUGUUUCCAUCCCAUGCCUUCCUCCCUUUUGCAUACCAUACUCUCUCCAGAGUUGUUCGCUGCUGUUGUUUCCCCAUGUUGCAAAGUCUUCAACUCUGUCUCUGCAGUUAUUUAGAGCUUAUUAAAACUCCCCCUGUUCAGAGGCAAUGAUGUGUUGAUUUAAUCAAAAGUAUCUGCUGAUCUGAGCAGUGCAACAAAACGUUGGCAAAUGGGAAAUCCUGGGAUAUAGGACCUCAAGCUCCACUAAUCUUAAGUGGCGCAGGCUGUUCUGCUGUACCUUCAGUGGCAAACACUUUCCUCCUUUGCAGGGAAAUCUGCCAGAGGGCCCUGCUGUGAGCUGAAUUGCUUCCUUCUUCAAUGCAUAUUCUGCUUAUAUCACCCAGAAACAAUGGUUAAAAUCUGAGUUUAAUUCUAGUGUCAAUGAGCACAAACUGGCUGGUAGAGUGGACUCUAUAUAAUAAACAAUUUAUUACAUAUCAAAUACUGUUUGAAAUAUGGGCUCCUAAUUAUUGCUCUGUGUAACCGCACAGAGCAUGAAUAGCCAAAUCCCACUGAGUAGUCAGACACAUAAACAUGAUAAUGGUUCAUGUCCACUAUCAUCUAACAUGUGGCAGUAUAUACACAGAAACCCCCAGUGGCACAAUGGGCCACUGUGUCUGGCUGUGAGCAGGAUUCCUGCAUUGUAGGGGGUUGGACUAGAUGGCCCUUGGUAUCCCUUCCAACUCUACAAUUCUAUGGUAUCUUAAAUAUCGCAGUAAUCCUUACAAUCAUCACCUCCACCAACCGUGCACACUUGGUAGGUUGAUUGCUCUUGAGGUCAAGUGGCUAUCAAAAAUAAGAGAAAUUAUUUCUACAAAGUUGGGGAACCCUCUGCGUAUGCAGAAGAAUAUAAAUUUGUAAAUUAAUGAAAAUCUAACAACAGCAUGUUCAGGACCUGUGAGCUUCCGAUAUGUACAAAGUGUUGAGAUGUCAGUUUGGAGGGUGGGGGAAAAGGGAGUAUUAGCCUGCUGAAGCCCCCCAAAGCUGCUAAUAAUACACAUAUCCCCUGGGGGGGGGGCAAGGAACUCAAGAGGGUUGUGGUGAUGCUGCUGUAGACGUUCCUGGAGGAAACGGAUUAUCUUGACCCAUUUCAAUCUGGGUUCAGACCCUGGUUUGGAACUGAAUCUGCCUUGGUCACCCUGGGGCCCUCUAUUGGGAGAGGGAUCCUGUUGCCCUUACUAGAGCUCUCAUUGGCUUUUGGUACCAUGGUAUCCUCUUGAAAUGGGUAUUGGAGGCACUGUUCUGCAUCUCAUUCUCUUGGCAUCUUUUAUAUUUCUAGUGCUCUGAGAAAGAGAGGAAAACCUUUCUCUGUCCCUUUUCUGCACACCAGAAUAAAAGGUAUGUAGAGAGAGGUAAUAUGGCGUUUUCCCCCCAGCAACAAUUUAUUCAUAUAGGUAUUCUCAGAUAAUUUAGAAUAGCAGCAUUCACCUGCUGUUUGAGGGCUUUAGCUCACUCUUUUGAUACCAAUAGAUGGUGCAUGUUUGCACUGACCCAAAAAAUCUAGAUUGCACUAACAUUUAGAGUUAACCUUUUCGUAACAGUUUAGGAUUCGGCGGAGACACUGCGCCUCAUACUUGCAGAUUAAAGGCGCUUUGGGGUUAAAAAUUACUGUGUUCUUAAAAGGCAGUCAAACAAAAAUAAGUCUGUUGAAAUAGGAAGUGACAGCAUCAUAAGCGAGUACUUAAAAAUUAACGUGUAUGGCCAGCCAAGAGCACCAGCCAGCAGGAUUUUGAGGCUGCCGCAUGUGGGCCAUGUAAGCAUUGUGACCAAAAAUACAUUAUUGUAUUAAGAUUCACUAACAGGAACAGAGUGUGUAGUACUUUUCUGCUCUAGUUGGCUCUGGCUAGGGCUUCCUUGAAGACAGCACUCAUUUCUGGGCGGAUUGUUUCAAUAAGAACAGACAACUGGAAGGUGGAGGGGGGAUUCAGUACUUGAAACAGGAACUCUUCUUCCUCCUUCUCCACUUGUCUUGGGGCAAAGACUUACCCUAUUGUACUCUGGAGAGCACCAUAUUGCAUACAUCAUCCCAGGUCUUUAGCUCUCAGUAGUAUUAGAAUGGUAAAUCGUUCGUUCUUCCUCCAGCCUUUGACUCCCUUUGCCCUCGCAACUGUCAGUCAUGUCAAGAGACUGGUGAUUGGUUGAGGUACGUUGACAUUAUUCUUUGUGAUCCAAUGGCUCUCUUAAUAGCCUUGAUAAAUGUUUACAGUAAUGAAAAUUCUACAAAUUCCCAAGACAGCAUGUUCCACUAUCCUCAGCUGUGUUUUCAGUAGAUCGUUUUUCCUUCCCUAUUUAAGGAACCAGGCUAAUUUAAAUCUAGGCUGCUGCGAAAAAAGAACAAUGGAGUAGUGCUGACAAGUGUUGCGGCCAGAUUUUCAAAUACUUCUUGGAAUUUUGCAGGUGGCUCUUUCACUCCGGCACAUCUCUCAUCGCAGUAGCAGAAACAUAAGCUAUUUUUAUGAGGAAAUAGCUUGGUAGAAUAAGAAAAGGAUGUCUUACUCAGGGAGACAAAGGCUAUGUACACACCAUAUAUUUAAAACACAUCUCCCCUCCCCACCCCAAAAGAGAAUCCUGGGAAUCAUAGUUUAUCCUUCCAUUUGGGUCAAAAUUAAGGGAGAGAAGAAUAACAGUGACCUCAUUGUGGGAGUUUACUAUAGAUCCCCAAGCCAAACGGAGGACAUAGACGAUGCCUUCCUGGAACAGAUGGCCAAGCAUGCAAAAGGAAGGGAGAUAGUAGUAAUGGGGGACUUCAAUUACCUGGAUAUUUGUUGGAUGUCAAACUCAGCCAAGAGCAUAAGGUCAAACAGAUUCCUCACUGGCCUUGCAGACAACUUCAUUGUCCAGAAAGUGGGAGAAGCAACAAGAGGAACAGCCAUUUUAGAUCUGGUCCUAACCAAUGUUGAUGACCUGGUUAGUGGGGUAGAAGUGGAAGGAUCAUUAGGCGCGAGUGAUCAUGCUCUUCUGAAGUUUACUAUACAGCGGAAAGGAGCAGCCAAGCAUACUAGGAUUCAAUUUCUUGACUGUAAGAAAGCCGACUUCAUAAAACUUAGGGAAGUGCUGGGUGAGAUCCCAUGGACAGUAAUACUAAAAGGAAAGGGAGUUCAUGAUGGCUGGGAGUUUGUUAAGAGGGAGAUACUAAAAGCACAACGUCAGGCAAUACCAAUGAGAUGGAAACAUGGAAGGUGCCUAAAGAAGCCAGGGUGGCUAUCUAAAGAACUUUUAACUGAGUUAAGAUUAAAAAAGGAUGUGUACAAAAAUGGAAAAGGGGAAACCACCAAAGAGGAAUUCAAACAAAUAGCCAGCACGUGUAGACACAAAGUCAGAAAAGCCAAAGCACAGAAUGAACUCAGGCUUGCUAGAGAGGUUAAAAGCAACAAAAAAGGCUUUUAUGGGUAUGUCCGUAGCAAAAGGAAGAACAAAGAAACAGUGGGGUCACUCAGAGGAGAAGAUGGUGAAAUGCAAACAGGGGACACAGAAAGGGCUGAACUCCUCAAUGCCUUCUUUGCCUCAGUCUUCUCUGAUAAUGAAAACAAUGCCCGACCUGAAGAAUUUGGAGCAAAUGAUUCAGCAGAGGAAACACAGCCCAGAAUAACUAAGGAGAUAGUACAAGAAUACUUGGCUAGUUUAGAUGUAUUCAAGUCUCCAGGGCCAGAUGAACUGCAUCCAAGAGUAUUAAAAGAACUGGCAGAUGUGAUCUCAGAACCACUGGCAGUCAUCUUUGAGAAUUCCUGGAGAACAGGCGAAGUCCCGGCAGACUGGAGGAGGGCAAAUGUUGUCCCUAUUUUCAAAAAGGGGAAAAGAGAGGACCCAAAUAAUUACCGCCCAGUCAGUCUGACAUCAAUACCAGGGAAGAUUCUGGAGCAGAUCAUUAAGCAAACAGUCUGUGAGCACCUAGAAAGGAAUGCUGUGAUCACCAAUAGUCAGCAUGGAUUUCUGAAAAAUAAGUCAUGUCAGACUAACCUGAUCUUGUUUUUGACAGAAUUACAAGCCUGGUAGAUGAAGGGAACGCAGUGGAUGUAGCCUACCUUGAUUUCAGCAAGGCAUUUGACAAGGUGCCUCAUGAUAUUCUUGUAAAGAAGCUGGUAAAAUGCGGUCUUGACUAUGCUACCACUCAGUGGAUUUGUAACUGGCUGACUGACCGAACCCAAAGGGUGCUCAUCAAUGGUUCCUCUUCAUCCUGGAGAAGAGUGACUAGUGGGGUGCCACAGGGUUCUGUCUUGGGCCGGUCUUAUUCAACAUCUUUAUCAACGACUUGGAUGAUGGACUCAAGGGCAUCCUGAUCAAAUUUACAGAUGACACCAAAUUGGGAGGGGUGGCUAACACCCUAGAGGACAGGAUCACACUUCAAAACGACCUUGACAGAUUAGAGAACUGGGCCAAAACAAACAAGAUGAAUUUUAACAGGGAGAAAUGUAAAGUAUUGCACUUGGGCAAAAAAAAUAGAGGCACAAAUACAAGAUGGGUGACACCUGGCUUGAGAGCAGUACAUGUGAAAAGGAUCUAGGAGUCUUGGUUGACCACAAACUUGACAUGAGCCAACAGUGUGACGCGGCAGCUAAAAGCCAAUGCAAUUCUGGGCUGCAUCAACAGGAGUAUAGCAUCUAGAUCAAGGGAAGUAAUAGUGCCACUGUAUUCUGCUCUGGUCAGACCUCACCUGGAGUACUGUGUCCAGUUCUGGGCACCACAGUUCAAGAAGGACACUGACAAACUGGAACGUGUCCAGAGGAGGGCAACCACAAUGGUCAAAGGCCUGGAAACGAUGCCUUAUGAGGAACGGCUAAGGGAGCUGGGCAUGUUUAGCCUGGAGAAGAGGAGGUUAAGGGGUGAUAUGAUAGCCAUGUUCAAAUAUAUAAAAGGAUGUCACAUAGAGGAGGGAGAAAGGUUGUUUUCUGCUGCUCCAGAGAAGCGGACACGGAAGCCGUGCCUUGGUUUUCGAACUUUUUGGAAGUCGAAUGGACUUCUGGAACGGAUUACGUUUGAGAACCAAGGUACCACCAUACUGAAAUGUGCCGUGAAGAUGGAGAUGGAGAAAUAAAAAGUGUGCCCAUUUUGGAUGCUGUUUUCUGACACUUAUCUUUAGCCUCCUGUUAUAGUUCUUGAAUCUUACAAAUACUGCAUGCAUUGUGCAGGGGGAAAGCUGCUGGCAGGUUACAUAGGACAAGUAUCCCCAUUUAUCGAUAUUCUGUAAAUACAGUUGAUAACCUGCUGGGUCACUCAAACCAAAGGUCCAUCUAGAAAACCACCCUGCUUCUCACAGUGGCCAACCUAGCUGCGUCCAGGAAGCCCACAAAACAAAUUGAGAAUGAAAACCCUCUGGCUGUGACUGGUUUUCGGUGGGCUGGUGCCUCUUAUCCUGGAGAUUCAUGACAGCUGUUAUGACAAAUAGCCAGUGUUUAUCAAACUGGAUUUUUUAAAAAAUAAAAGUUUGGUUCUCUAGUUUUUCCACUUUUUUUGUAAAAUACACCGUUUUAUUCCUCUGAUAAUUGCUUCACUGUUGCUGUUAUAAUAUUGCUAUAUUGUUUAUUAUUUUUAUUUUGUAGGUGAUAAGUUGGAAUGUUUUAUAAUGAAAUUUUAUCUUUUAAUAAGUUUUGAGCCACCUUGCUAAUAUCGAAAGGCGGCUUACAAAUACUGAAAUAAAUCUGCUUAGCAGGAAGAUUAUUCCAUUUGUCUUUUUCUCACAAGCCACCCUCCCCCUUUUCCUUUGGCUCUGAUCUGUUUAAUGAGGGUCAGGAGGUGUAAAGCCUCAUUAUCUUACUCCAUUGGAUGUCAGUGUGUGUGUUAUGUGGCCGAGUGCCAGGAUCUUAAUUAGGGAAUUUACAAAGAUAGAGGCCGGAUGCCACUUCUUCAAAACUGCUUGCAGCCUUGCAGCAAGAAGGAAUGGGUUUGAUUAACUCAUUACAAAAUUGGUUUAUUUUGUUAAAAAUAAAAAUAAAAAGACCAGCAAAUUCAGCCCAGAUCAAAACGCCAACCUUCUGUUUUUAAGGCACCCGGAGACAGUAUAAAUAAAUAUCAGUAAUAAGCAUCUGUGUCUCUUUGGAUUGACAGCUAUUUCCCAACCCCAAGCCUCUGUGUUUUGGGAGGUCUCCAGCGUUCCCUCAAGUGAAUCCAAAUUUCAGAAGAAGUGGGCAUUGUGCCUGAUGGUGUACUUCCUACGAGGGGAUGCCUCUGGCUUUGGCACUUUAUGCAGAUUGCUUGUCAAGUAUGCAGGGGCUCCCCAUCCUCCCUUAAAGUGCAUAUUGUAGCAUUGAACUGGGGAAUGCAAGAGUGCAUUGAUUAUGGGGGCAGUCCUUACUGUUUUGGAGUGGUGUUUGAUAUCAAAUAUGUCUUAGGAAACUCUGGGUAUGGUUCAACUAAUGAAUCCUAUGAGCAUAACAGGGCUCCCCCCUCCCCUGGCACCCCCAAAAUUGGCUGUGGGGUGUCAGGAGAACACUCUGAAUAGCUUGCAGGGGGAGGAGAGAGCGGUUAUUCCAUCACGCCCUGUCAAACACUGUCCCAUCAAAAGUCAAGGAAAUAAGCAAUUAUCUGACUUUUAGAAGACAUCUGAAAGCAGCCUUGUUCUGGGAAUUUUUUAAUGUUUGAUGUUGUGUUGGAAGCUGCCCAGAUUGGCUGGGCGAACCCAGUCAGAUGGGUGGCAUACUAAUUAAUUGAUUGAUUGAUUGAUUGAUUGAUUAUUAGGCAAGCUGAAAUGCGUAUCCUGAUGGCACAAUCAACAUACCAUGCCAUUGGAUUCCUUCUUGUGUCCCAGCCUUUGUGGGAUUAUAAGAAUUUUUAGAUUAGCUGCACACUUCAUAUGGCAAUUGUGUCUGCUGCAGAUGUAUUGGUGUUAUCCCAGUAUUUCUUGCUGUGAACAUGUUGUGAAUGUUAUUUUAUUUAAUAGUAAUUGAUUUUUCUUAAUCCCACCUUUUAGAAAGAUUGCCUUUUGAAUGAUAAACAUGCAUCCUUAAACAGUGGCGCGUGUUUAUUGGAAGCCUGCAGUCCAGUCAGGGCUCCUGAGCAUGUUUUUUUAAUGGGUAUUACAAUACAAUAUAAGUUUAUUGUUUUAGCCAAAGGCCAUGACAAACCCGCAGCAACGUUACCAAUAAAACAAUACACACCAUUCAUCCAUAAUAUGAGCCAACACCCAUGAUGUAAGAGAGAGGUUUCCAAAGACAUCCACAAACUCAAAUCCAGCUUGAUUUCAAAUCAAACCACUAAAUCACAACAAUUUAUAGCAAUUUUAUCUAAUCCCCUUUCUCUGUUUUUAUUUGUUAUUAUUUUAUUAUUUUUGCAGCCAGGGUACAGGGUGUUACAAAGCUGUUAUUGUCACUCAGUGGAAACCAAACCACUUCUGCCAGGGUGUACCUGCUUGCUUGUGUGAACAAAGGUUUCAGAAAGAAAUUUCUUGGGUCUGUAUGGAAAGGCCCCAUUGGGAAAGGUUAUCUAGAAAACAAAAUCAUCUGCAUACAUCGUGAUUGAGACAUUUCUGUUCCUAAUUACUGGAGAGGGGGAAGUUUCCAUUGGCUAAAUAUAAAAUAAUUGGCUAAUAUAAAAGUUGAAAAAAGUGGUAGCCAGAAUGCAACCUUGCUUCAUUCGUGACAGUUUAAAAGCAUGAGUCAUACCACCAUUUAAACCUACACUGACCCUCAUUUAUGUGUUGCUGCAUAGUUCUUGGAUCAGUAGCAGAACUCUGCAAUCAACGUUGGCAAUUUGAAAUUUCUCCCAAUCUAAUUCUGAUAAUAGAGUCGAAUGCAGCAGAAAGACCUUUAAAGCCCUAAACGGCCUCAGUCCAGUAUACCUGAAGGAGCGUCUCCACCCCCAUCGUUUUGCCCGGACGCUGAGGUCCAGCGCCGAGGGCCUUCUGGUGGUUCCCUCGCUGCGAGAAGCCAAGUUACAGGGAACCAGGCAGAGGGCUUUCUCGGUAGUGGCACCGGCCCUGUGGAACGCCCUCCCACCAGAUGUCAAAGAGAAGAACAACUACCAGACUUUUAAAAGACUUCUGAAGGCAGCCCUAUUUAGGGAAGCUUUUAAUGUUUAAUAGACUAUUGUAUUUUAAUAUUCUGUUGAAAGCCGCCCAGAGUGGCUGGGGAAACCCAGCCAGAUGGGCAGGGUAUAACAGGGUAUAAAUAAUAAAUUAUUAUUAUUAUUAUUAUUAUUAUUAUUAUUAUUAUUAUCAAUAAAGGCCACAUAAAUAUUCUGAUUGUUCUUAGUAUGUUUUCUAGAUGACCUUUGGGUCCCUUCCAACUCUUAAGAUUCUAUGAUCCUUAGAAUACAGUUCAGGGUAAAACACUGUGUCCUCUGAACUCAGCUGGUUAUUCAGGUGUAAUGUUGUUACUUUGUAACCAGUCUGAUCAUUUUUGAAGGAGAUACUGUGCAUAUAGCUUUGAGGAGAUGUCUUACUGGCUGAUAGUUUUGUGGAUGAUUCCUACCGUUAAAAGUGAAUAAUGAAGAAGAGACUGUAAUGUGGUUGAUAACAUUUCCACCCUAUUUGUUCAAAUAAGUAUACUGACCCUUAGAAAUGUCUACAGGACUCCCAUGAAGGAUAUAUAAAUUAUGUCGGGAUACAAAUUCUAACAAUUUCAGGCCCUGUGCCUUAUAUUUCUUGCCAAAGAAUAAUGAAGUCUAAGCCUAAAGAUAGCAAGAGAUCCUCUGCAGUAGCUCCAAUUUGGGCAUUAAAAUCCACACAAAGAAGUAAAUGCUGUGAGGAAUUUAUGACUGAUCUGUUCCAGCAGGGAUGUUAAAUCUGACCAAAGUUUGGUGGUCAGUGACAGACAAUUAGUAGGGGGAAGGUAGAUGAAAAGAAAGAUUCCUGAUUUAGUUUUGAUUUGUAUUGGCAAAAUAGCAUCAUUUUGAAUUCCAAAAUCUGCUAUCCAAACUUGCCCUGCUAAAUCAAGCUAUAUAAAGGAACUUAAGCCCCCACAUCAUUGUCCCUUUUUAAAUUUCUUAACAGCUGGCUGUCUAAAAGAGUUAAAACCCUGUAAGGGGGAGGGGGAGGGUUAAGUUCAUGAGGCCAAGUCUCUUUCAAACCUAUUAUAUCAAAUUGCUGGGACAUACAAAUAAUAUCCUUCUCGGCCUUCUUAUUUAUCCCAACCCACAGGUACCAGGAAAGAGUGUUAAGACCUUUUCUGGAUGUUUUCUAAUCAGUUAUGGCAUCUUAAAGGAGAGCUAAAGGCAUCAUAGCUUGCUUUUCUAUAAUUACCCCUAGGCCUGGUCUUAUCUUGAGCAUUUGUUAAUGGAGAAUCCUUUUGAUUUCUGGAAAAUAGAUUGCAAGCAGGGUAGGAACACAAGUUAGCAUAGAUUCAUAGAAUUGCAGAGUUGGAAGGGACUCAGAGGGUCUUCUAGUCCAACUCCCCAUUUAAUGCAGGAAUCUCAACACACAGUCCUCCCCCAAUAAAUCUGUUUUCAUCUCUCGCCCUGCUCCAAAAUGGUGGUCAUCUCCAAUGCUUGGGAGAAUCAUCAUGAUGUCUACUUUCCAUAUUCUUCUCCUUUAUUUCCCAUUUAGGGACUAAUGCUACAGUUCUCUACUCUUUUACUUGGGAGACAGCCCUAUGGAAUGAAUUGCUCUGAGUAGGUUUGCAUAGGAUAGUUUUGUUCGUGACCCAUUCAUUCUUUGGCUGAAGCUGCCAGGAAAAGAAUAUUGCAGGAAGAAGCAUCUGCCGUGAUCCCCUCCUUGCCCCUCCCGUUCCUCCACUCGUUUCUAGUCUGCCUUGUCUUUUCUAAGCAUUCCUUACUGGGAGCAAAUGCUUUCCAUCUACGCCAGGGUUCAGGUGUUUAGCAGUUUCAAAGAGCACUCUGUGGAGAGCAUCCUCUGGGGGAUCUUGCAGAAGCCUUAAUGUUUAUCAAAGUCUGUGACUUUUGUAGAGAUAUGAGAUCCUUGGGAAGUUCCAUCCUCAGCAACCCUGAGAAUAAAUGGUAAUUCUUGCCCAAAUGCUCCGAUUACUCCAACCCUCCCUGUCCAUUUCUCUCUCUCCUGACUCUCCCACUGCCCCUUAUCUACAGCAAGAGUAUUACUACUGUAGUAAGAAAUAUGCCCCUGAAUUGCCAUGUAUUCAGCGUUCAGUCUCAUGCACCUCUAAAGUGUGCAUUGGCCACUGCUGGGGUUGCAUCUGCCCAUAUUCUUCUCUUCUGCACAAAUAUUCAGUUAUGUCAUCUGGACAACUAUCAAAGCUUUAAUGCUGAAAGGUGGGCUUUCCCUGAGCUAACUUGCUCACCUCAGAAAUCUCAAAAUCCAAAAUGGAUCUGAAGUGCAGGAUAAAAUUUGCAAUGGUGGUUCCCAUUCUUCCUUUUUUUGUCACAGCUCAAACAGUAAGGUGUUCUGUUUGCAGCCUCUAUGGACUCUAUAAGGCCUGUCAUUAGAACAAGAUCUGGGUGUGUGGAAUUGGUAAUGCGCUGGGAUAAACUGAAGCUCAAUUCUGACAAGAUGGGGGAUGCUGCUGAUUGGUAGUAUGACAUGUGGUAUGUUGUACUCUCUCUUAAAGAUCUGGUUUGUGAGUGGAUCAUCUGCAAAUUCUCCUAAGACAAAAAGAUAGUUUACCCACAAUUAUUGACACUCUGGCAAUGUCCUGUUUAGACUAUUGCCAUUCAUUGUCCACAAGGCUACCCUUGAAGACCAUUUGGAAACUGGAGGUUGUACAAAACAAAUAUGGUGGGUAGACCACCAAUUUGGAUCUUGUCAGUCUUAAAACACAUGGAUUGGUUUCUGGUCCAUUUCGAGGCCAAAUUAUUGUGCUAGACCAAGAUGCCUCAAGUAGAGUCUCUUGCCUUAUGAACCCUCCUGAAUAUUAAUAUUCUUCUCAGAAGGGCCUUCUUCGGGUCUUACUGCCAUUUGAAGAGAAGUAGGUGGUGACUUGUGCUAUAGGGUAUUUUCUGUUAUAAUACCUUAUCUUUGAAAUGCUCUCCCUAUAUAGAGACUUGCCUGACACUGGCUUUGCUUUCUUUUUAGCACUAGGCAAAUGCAUUUUAAUUUACUCCAGCUUCUUAGUGUGCCUUAGUCUCAACUGAUGGUUUUAUCUGGUUCACAACCACCCGCUGUUCUGUUUUCAUUGUCUUUUUGUUGAAAGGUGUCAUUUUUAUUGAUGGAUGUUGUUUUAAAUGACUGAAUGAAAACUCUUUUGUGAGGUUUGCCUAAAAAGCACUAUAGAAAUGCUGAAAUAAAGAGAGGUGCUUAACCUGUUCUUCUGCUGCUUUGCCAGGAGAGAGAGAGACAGCUUUGCUAGGAGGUGGGAGCUGCAUCUUGCUUCUGUGUGAACCGUUUCUGAUUUUGGCCAAAGACGGGGUACAUAUCCCAGGAUGCAUCUGCUCUCAAAAUAGGCAAAUGUGCAGAAGAGUGAUUGAACACAUUCAAGGAGGAUAGACCAGUUGAGAUUAUUAGCCAUGUUGGCUUCAUAGUUUCAGAGACUCUUUGGCACUCAGUACUAGUUGCUGGGACGCGGGUGGUGCUGUGGGUAAAACCUCAGUGCCUAGGACUUGCUGAUCGUAUGGUCGGCGGUUCGAAUCCCCGUGGCGGGGUGAGCUCCUGUCUUUCGGUCCCAGCUCCUGCCCACCUAGCAGUUCAAAAGCACCCCUAAGUGCAAGUAGAUAAAUAGGUACCGCUUUAUAGCGGGAAGGUAAACGGCGUUUCCGUGUGCGGCGCUGGUGCUGGCUCACCAGUGCAGCUUCGUCACGCUGGCCACGUGACCCGGAAGUGUCUUCGGACGGUGCCGGCUCCUGGCCUCUUGAGCGAGAUGAGCGCACAACCCUAGAGUCGGUCACGACUGGCCCGUACGGGCAGGGGUACCUUUACCUUUUACUAGUUGCUGGAAGGCAACAACAGGGAGGGAGCUACUACCCUCAAGCCCUGCUUGUGAGAGUGAUAUAGUAUAGGAUACUGACCUACAUGGACCAUUGGUUUGACCCUACAGGGCUUUUCUAAUGUUAUCUGGGCAGGUGUGGGGAACCUUUGGCCCUCCAGAUAUUGUCUAACUACAACUCCCAUCAGCUCCAGCAAACAUGGCCAGUCACCAGGAAUGAUGUGAGAUGUAGUUCAGCAACCCCUGGCAAGCCAAAGGUUUCCCAUACCUGUUUUUGGGGCUGUGUUUUUAAGGUGCUUUUGCUGUAGACAGACUAAUAAUACACUGCACUUCAAUUUUUCAAAGUUCUUCCCAUAGAUAAUGUCAAUAAUCCUUAUAACACAUAUGAAAGGCAGGCCAAUACUAUUUUCCUCAUACCAAUCUGCUUCUUCUGCCAUAAAUUGGUCCCUUGCAUCCCGGUUCCUCCCUUCUUCCCUCUGCCUUGCCCGAGGCUGAUGCUGCCUGCUUUCCUUGAGCAGAGUGUGAGGAUUGCUAAUUAGCCCAGAAUUGAGCCAUAAAGUGGCUAAUCAGGGGAUCAGUAGAAUUGAUUUCCCAGUGCGACUCUUCGAAGGGACGCCUUUCCCUCUUUCCCCGCCCUGGGAUGAGCAACCAGAGUUGGUGCAGGAGUGGGAAAGGUCUCCCCAUCCUCUGUAUUGAGCACAUCUCAGUGGGCUACUGGGAAGAGCUGCUCCAGAUGGGCACGUGGCCUCUCUUAGCCAGGCUUCCUACUAUUUGUGCGCAACACCAUGCACACUGGAAAGGGGUAUUGGGAAGGGAGCAUGUACUGAUUGACAAGCUAAUGGGGAAAUCAUGUCAAGCAUCAGUACAAGCUCUCCUUGCAAUUCCCCUUUAUGGGGAGGGGCCCAUAGCUUGGAGAGCUGGCUUUGCAUGCAGAUAUCUCCUGUUCAAUUCCUGGCAACUCCAAUUUAAAACAUGUCAGGUUUCAGGGCUGGGAAAGACCUCGUUGCCUGAGACCUGGGGGAGCAGCUGCCAUUCUGAGUAGACAGCACUGGCUUAGAUGGGUCCCCUGGUUUGACAGCAUGAAAAGUUGCUUCCUAUGUUCAGCAAAGAGCACAUUGUUUCUGUCAAAUACUAAUGGAAUCUCUUUCCUGAUGCUUUACCUGUAGGGUGGCAAAACAGAUUUCCCCUGGGCUCAGAAUGAGAUGCGGGGGGGGGGGGGGAAUUCCCCAAGGCACUUUUCCCUUAAGGGGCCUCCUUUGUUCAGACCUCAUUCUUCCCAUACUCUUAAAUCCUUCAUCACCUGUUCCCUUGCACUUCAGCUGCUCCCUCUCCCUCUCUUGUCUCUCCACUUUACUGGAAAAUAAAUUAGCAGACUAAUUAGAUGACUAUCUUAAGCAGCCAGCAGUUGCUUCCUGCCGCAACUCCAGCUGAAUGCAAGAUGAUCACGGCAGUUAGAAGUAUCCGCUUGGGACUCGGAAUUGCCCAAGUUAAUCUGCCUGCCUCACCUGGGGCAAGUCACUGGGCCACUUUCCAUUUUCUGGAAGACAUGGCUGCAUUAAGAUAUAAAUAGCCUCAAAUGUGCCUUAUUUUCUGGAGAAAAUUCAAGGAGUUGUACAUCUACAUUCCAAAGGUUUGCUCCCAUUGCCUUCCCCCCCCUAAGUGUUGGCUAUGAAUGUUCAUUUCCUCAUCUUAAGCCAGUGGGUGUGAUGUUAAAUCUUAACAUGGAAAGUAGCUCUUUUAAGUAGCUCCUUCCUUGGAGGUUUUUAAGCAGAGGUUGGGUGGCCAUCUGUCAUGGAUGCUUUAGCUGAGAUUCCUGCAUUGCAGGGGGUUGGACUAGAUGGCCCUCAGGGUCCCUUCCAACUCUACAAUUCUAUGAUCUCCAUCCAGAUAUGAGUGUGUGUGUGUGUGUGUGUGUGUGUGUGUGUUUGCUUCUGAAGUGCAACGAGAGUACUCAUUUUGCUAAAAAGAGAGGAAUUGAGCAGCAGACAUUUGUGUCCCAAUCUGUACUGGUGGCAAAUGAAUACUCUUGCCCUGAUUCUGCUCUAGUCACACACAACUCAUGGUCCAUGGAAAAGAAUGUUUAUUUCUCAUCUAUGUCAAACGUCAGGCCAGCCUGGAUGAUCAUCCCAAUGCAGACCCAGAUAUGCACUGCCAUCAGUUCUUGUUGUUGUUUAGUCCUUUAGUCAUGUCCGACUCUUCAUGACCCCAUGAACCUGAGCACGCCAGGCACUCCUGUCUUCCACUGCCUCCCACAGUUUGCUCAGACUCAUCGGUAGCUAUGAGAACACCGUCCCACCAUCUUGUCCUCUGUCGUCCCCUUCUCCUUGUGCCCUCCAUCUUUCCCAACAUCAGGGUCUUUUCCAGGGAGUCUUCUCUUCUCAUGAGGUGGCCAAAGUAUGGGAGCCUCAGCGCCAUCAGUUCUGUCUUUGUGCAAACCUGCUUCUUUAUGCCUUGUUCCCCCUUGCUGGAUUGGGAUCUGUUCUUGCUAGAUAAGGAAUGGUGUCUUCUGUUUUUCUUACAGAGCAAUUAUCAGUGUAAUACAAAGCAUCACUUAGUGUAACUUUUUCUUUUAAAGCUACAGAUGACAUUUUAAUGCCAAUCUCAGGUUGAGUUUUAUUGGGAAUUGGGCAUCUUAAGUGACCUUUUGCGAACCUGUCCCUUGAUACUGCAAUUUUUGGAAUAUUUUGCUAAGGGGGGGCACUUUUAAUAAUUAGCAUGAGAGCCACAUGUUUCUUGCCCCUUUAUGCCGUAUUGAUCCCGGCAUUGGAGACCCACCAUAAAGCAAAACUUACCCUGCUGUUCAGGUAUCCUCUAAGUGUCUCUCUGCCACAUUUGUAAAAGGAGGAUUUUGCGGUUCCUGUUACUGGAGAGUAACCUCAUGUGCCAGUUAGUGUCUCUAAAGCCCUGAUCGGCAACCAACUUCAUUGCAGGCCCAUUUGCAGGAAGGGAUGCUGAGUAGAGCUUCACCACCAGAUUGCUGGCUGAGGUUCCCUUCAGAUCUAAUACAACCUAUUUUAAAACAGCUGCACAGUUCAAUUCCAGGCCCAAUUCAAGGAGCUUACGUUAUAUUGGAAGCCCUGAACAACUCAGGCUCAAAUACCUGAAAAGACUACUUCCUUCCCUACACACCCUCUUGGGUGUCAAGAUUGGCAGAGGGUGUCUGCUUGGCACUGUGGGUGGUGUGGCAGCCCAGGAGAGGGCAUUCUCUGCAGCAGCCCCUAAGUUGGGGGAUUUUCUCUUCCCACAAAGGUGUGUCCCACAAAGCACCUUCAAGAUACAGCUUUUGGUGAAUGCUGAAGGUGAACCUCUUUGCCCUGCUUUUGACACUACAGAUGUGUGUUUUUAGGGGGCGAGUAGCAACCAAGAGGCUCUGCCUGUUGCUUUAGCAGCCUGGGAAUACAAUCUGCAGCUGUCUCUCCUGCUUCUUUCUGUUGGAGGGUGGGACAGCUGAAACAUUUUUCAAGUCUCCAGUCAAACCCAAGGUGGGCAUUUUGAGCGGUUGGUGAAGAGUCUAGUCAUUCAUUCUUGGUGUUGUUUUAUGUGUGUUUCAGAUAGAUACCCUGGAGGAGAAGCUGACCCAGUGCAGAGAGAACUUGGAAGAGUUGGAUUUUAAGCUACGGAGAGAAGAACUGACUCCUGAGGGAAGGUACUAGUGGGAAUUCAAAGAGCUCAUUCAUACAUCAUGGAACUGCAAGUGUCUGUUGCUCAUGCAAACCACUGGUGGGCGAAGUUUGCUGAUUGCAAACAGCUCUGGACAGAGCAGAGAUUUAAUGAGAUCCCCCAGCUACAGUUUGCUCUGAAAAGGAGACAAUUUUGAACAAACUGAAGCCUGCCCUUUGCUGCUUUUUGUUUGUGGUGUAGCCUGUGCAGAUGCACUCUGAGCCUCAAUAUGCUCUUAAUUUAUCACCUUUCCUUGAUAAAUUCUUUUUGGACCACCCAGAGAAUCUUGGGCCAGAAGGAGGGGGAUGGCAGCAAACAAGAGGAGGGACUGGCUAGUUUGGAUGCUUAUGAACAAAUUGCUAAGAGGUUGGCUCCAUUUCUUUCUGAUCCUCAAAGCCCCCAAUGCAAUUUUGCCAGCCUUUUAUCUUCUACAGUAGCCAUUCAACAGCUGCUUUAGAAUUGGCUAGAUUUCUCCCCACCCUGGCUGGUGUCUCUCUCUCUUCCUCCUUUGACGUACUUCUAAGAGUCCUUCUCUGCAUGCCCUUCCCAACAUGAACACAUUCUGUGCUCUUCCCUUAACUCGCUCUGCAGUCUACUUUGGCUCUAUUUACACCCUGUCUCAUGCUUUGCUCUCGGGUGGGGUGGGGUGGAACAAACCCUAUUAGGCCCCCUGCCUUCCCCAACUACACCACAGAGCUUGCUCGGAACCAGCAGCCAAUUUGCUGGCGUCUCUUUAUUUCUAGCCACACAGUGGCUGCUGCAUGUCUUCUCCGCUGUUAUUGGAACCGUACUGUUGCUGCAGGUGCUACUUUCAGGCAAUUUGUUUUGUUCUUGUGCUUUAAACUAUGGAUUAAUUAAUCAUGUUGUGCAGCUAACAAUGCAAAGCUGUAGAUUUGUUCCCCUUCUUAAAAGAUGUGCUGUGGAAAAGCAGUGCAGCUGUUCAGUAAGGGCUUCUACUAGAUUCAGGCAAGAUGACCUAAUGUGGGGAAACAGAUGCGCUUAUGUCCCUUGAACAUUCAACCACAUGCAAGACUCUGCAAUUUUCUGCUCAGAAGUGGCAGAUUGGAAACUUCGUCUGGGAUGAAGCAGUCAGGAUUUCUGACUGAGAUGAGUGGACUUGGAAAGAAAGGGCAAUAAUAUUUCCUUGAGAGAGAUCCUCCUCUGAGGAUGUAUUUAUUUUCUAAUGAGGAAAUGUGUGUAUUUAAGCACUCUUUUGGGAGGCAACCAGGAGUUGCAUGCUGUUGAGUAGCUGGAAUGGCAUGGAAGCAAGUGGGGAGGCUAAAUUCUGAAUCCAGUGCAGAAAUGCAGCUCUCUGUCCCUCCUCUGUCAGCAGGCUAGUUACUUUUGUGGGGUUAUUUACAAAAGGCUGAUUUAAGCUCCCCCAGUUUGUUAGAGCCCUGUGGAAGGGAGCUGACUUGAGGUUAAGCACAGGCAGCAGAUAAGGUAAACCAGUAUCUGCACUAUACUGUAGAUCAGUGUUUCUCAACCUUGGGUCCCCAGCUGUUGUUGGACUACAACUCCCAUCAUCCCUAGCUAGCAGAACCAGUGGUAUCUAUUCUAUGGCAGAUCUCUUUGUGAUUUGUCACGGGUCGGCAAGGGUUUCCGCCUCUCAACGAUUCAACAGUAGCAAAACCUAAAAAGCUUUCCCACUGGAAUUUGAUUGCUGAAAAACAACAAUUGGAGAACAAUCAGUAAGAAGGAUUUAUGAGCUUCCUUCUUUUACUGAUCACAAAUUCCUGAUCUGACCAGGUACUUUAUACCUAGCAUAAGCCUGCCUGUCUAAGCUACCAGUGGCACGUACAGGUUCUAGCAGAAAUAAAGUAGAUCCCACAAGCCUGAAGUCUGCCCACCCUUGAGACCUGCAGAUGGGGGGAGUCACAUGAUAGAAGUCCCUGCAUUUAAAACAAGCAAAACAAGCUAGGCUAGAGCCUUCCUCCCUGCCAUGUCAGUUUUUGCAUGGAGAGCCAGUGUGGUGUAAUGGUUAAGAGUGUUGGACUAUGACCUGGGAGAGCAGGGUUUGAAUUCCCAGUCAGCCCUCAACUCAAGUUACAGGGAACCAGGCAGAGGGCCUUCUCAGUAGUGGCACCCACCCUAUGGAAUGCCCUCCCACCAGCCAUCUGAAGGCAGCCCUGUUUAGGGAAGCUUUUAAUGUUUAAUAGGUUAUUGUAUUUAUUGUAUUUUAGUGUUCUGUUGGAAGCCGCCCAGAGUGGCUGGGGAAACCCAGCCAGAUGGGUGGGGUAUAAAUAAUAAAUAAUAAUUUAUUAUUAUUAUUAUUAUUAUUUUAUUACUAUGUGACCCUGGGGCCAGUCACCAUCUCUUAGCCUAACCUACCUCACAGGGUUGCUGUGAGGAUGAACGGGGGUGGGGUGGGGAACCAUGCACACCACUCUGAGUUCCUUGGAAGAAAAGGUGGUAUGUAAAUGUAAUAAAUGUAAUAAAAAUAAUCAUAUGAGUGGUGCCCACCUGCAGUGAUACAGUCCAGACACAGUUUGUGAUAACUACAGAGGCCUUAAAGUCUAGGUGCCAGAGUACCCUCUCAGCCAGCCGUGGGGAAGAUUUUAUUUCACUGCACAACUUUCAGAAUAUCUAAUAAUCAUUCUCACAUAUUUGCAGAAAGUCACUGGAAAGAGAGAGAAAUCUGCUAGCAACCAAAGCUGAAAAUUAUGGUAAGGAAUGAGUAACUUUAGAAACGGCUUUCCCCAAAGACAUACCAUUAAUUCACAGGCUCACGAGAGGGAGGAGCUGUGAAACUAAAGUAAUUCAUUCAACUGCCCAUACGCUCAUGGAAAACUGUUUUUUAAUGCAGACAUCAUAAAUGCCUUCCAAAACAGAGUUCAAGCACUCCUUGCUAGAAUUUAUGUAUUAGAAUUCUGCAGUAAAACCCCUAAUUUUUGCAAGAAUAUACAUUUCCAUUUAAACAGUGUAAAUUAAGGAUGUUGACUAUUUCAGCUUGAAAAGGUAAAAUGAGAGCAGAAAAGCAAUGGAUAAAUAAAAAUAGGGCAAGUGUAUCAUAAAACAGGUUGGGGUUGAGGUGGAGAAUGGCUGCAGAUAAAUGAUCUUUGCUUGCCUAGGGUUACCUAGCAAAUGCAUGGCCGAGAUUAGAUUUGAAGCAGGUACUUCCUGUCUCCUAGCUCAGACACUCCCAACCCACUACACUGCUCCAGGGGAAAAGUAACUCUAAACUCAAGUGUAGCUUGGACCUUUUGCAGUUGCCCAGAACAGGUGUUGUUCCUCUUAACUUUAGUGUUUCCUGUUCACUGAAUGCCACUAAUGCAUUUAGCCUCUUUCCCAAGGUGAUUUCAAUUUUUAGAAUUUGCUGAACGUAUCACACACAAAUACUCUUAAAAAAUCUCCAUCAUUCAAAGAGAGAAUUUCCCUGAAAUGGAGCCUUAUAAAGCCAAGGUUAUUAAUUAACCCUCUUUCAGACACAGUAAGGCCAAAUCCUACACAUCCUGAAAGAAAUCCUGCUUUUUACUAAUAGGAAUGCAAAACAAUUUGUCAGAUCGCGACAUUUCUCUUGUUCAUUGAGAGAGCCGAUAGCUUUGUUAACCAUUUUGCUGGCUUGGCUGAUAUAUGAUGUAAUUCUUCAGGCCUUGAUUUGUUUGGUGUACAAAAGAGGAAGCAAUUUUGCAACUGCUAGACUUCCAAGUUCUGGGUGCCCCCUGGUGAGAAAAUAAAGCUUGCUUGCACUCCCAUUAAAUACGUUCUGCAUCAAAUGCAGAGUAGUCUCUUGAUAAGAUGGCCCUUAAGGAGUCGCUUUUGUGGGAUCUCUGAAGAUGGGUGGGAAUGUACAUGCACCAGAAAUAAUGGGGGACGACAACAGGGGGGCAGAGUUUGGAUAAAGCCUUUGGUCAAGGAGGCUCUGGCCAUUUAGCAGCACAGUGACUGUUCAAUUCAGACUGUGGUUGUAAACCCUGCCUCAUGUAGGCCCAUGGUCCAGCAUCUUGGGGCAAAAAGGAAAUGACAUGGAUAGCUGCAAGGAAAGGCUAACUGUGUUAACAGUCUAAUUGUGAGAAACAAAGAUUGCCAUCCCCACUUAAAAGCCCUGGCACCAAGGAAUAUGGUUAUUGGUUGCUGGGAAAGGAACCAAAGUAUCUUCCUUCCCUUAUUUGCCCCCACAGCAGGAAAACUCAAUUCCCUGAACACCCAGCCCUUAGUAUUCCAUGAUUGCAUUUCCUCAAGUAGUGCAUACAUCGUACUUGAAAUUGCUGCAUGUAUGAUAUCAUGGCGACAGCAAGUGGCUAUUGGCCAUAUCAGCACUGGGGCUGAGUGACAUACUUCCUUCCUAUAGGUUUUUUUCCCCCAAUUUGAUUUUUAAAAAUGUCUAGCUUCUUGGCUAGAGAUGGAGGGUUUCUGACUGUACUUCUAGGGCCUUUUAAAAUACAAGAAAGCAAAACCCUAGUACGGCAACCUCCUUCGCACUUCUGCUAUGCCAUGUUGCAAACUUUGCUCUUAGUUGUCUCAAAGAAAGGGUGCAGAGAGGGAGCCCUCCUUGCAGCAAGACUCCUGCUUCCCUUCCAUUAGUCCAUGCUACUAUGGCUGAGAACUACUUCAAAGCUCACUCUCUCUGCUUGUGGUCAGGAAAGCCCCUGAUAAUUGCUUCAUUAGCCCACUAUCUAUCCUUCGCUCUUUAGGUUGUGCUGCCACCUGCUGGCUUGUUGUGAAUCUCAUUUGCUCCAGAGAUCUCGCCCACCCUCUGGAUUUGAAAAUAACCUCAGGACCAGGUCUAUCAGAAAGCCACUUCACACAUUUCACUGCACAAAGUUGUACAUCUAAAGGUAGCAUGCAAGUAAACUUUUUAAGGGAGCUGUACUUGGCUGCAGUUAUUCCCUUUUUAUAUUUUAAUGGAAACCUUAUAAACAGGUGAAAUGGGUCUGUGGUGUUAGAAAGGACGCAAUGAGAUCAUGUGGCCCAGCUUCCAGGACCAAGUUGUUCCACUAUUAUCCAUGAUAGAUUCCUGAGAGACUCUUAGAAAACCUCAGAGGAAAGACAUUUCACCACCUCCCUGCCACAGAACACAACUGGAAAAUUCCUCCCAAUGUCUGAUCUAAAAUAUUUCUCUGCCUUCCUGAUGUAGUUGAUGCUGUUUCUAAAUAGCCAGCAUGCACGGUUGGUCAGUGAAGGGAGCAGUGCCCCAUAAGAGCACCAGAGAUGCAGUGAGAACUAGCUUCCAGUCAAGGGCUGAAGAACUUUCUGCCCCAUUUUAAUGCAAUGGGCUCAUCUCAGUUAAAGCUGUCUCCCUGAGGAGCUAGCAAAUACAAAGGGACAUCCGCCUGAGCUGUCGUAUUAACACCUGAAACUUCCCAUUAAAAUUAUACUCCUCUGGCAGUCGCACGCCGAGCUGCGCUCUGACCUCUGCCGCCGCUGCAGUCAGCGACAAUGAUUCUGUUGUCAAAUAAGCAGUCGCUAUGGUCUAACCUCUCGCAGAAAUUACAAAAGCGCCGAAAUUGCCUCUGAAGAGGCUUGAUUGCUGUGUAGCAGCCCAAGGUUGGUGUAGCAAGGCAGCUGCGGCACAGCUAUUGAGUAGGCUCUCAAUUAAACUGGAGCUAGCUUUCUUUAUGUUACACUCACACCCCACCUUUCCUCCAAGGAAUUUAGGGCAGAAUACUUCAUCCUCACAACCACCCCACGAGGCAGUGCUAGGCUGAGACAUUGCCUGGACCCUCAGGUCCGGGGAAUGGCUAAGAUGGGAACAGUCGCAUAGAAGCUGGCAAGCAACAUAAAUUCCCCUGGAACCCUCCACCUUCUUUAACCAAACAGCUGGGGCCACAGAUGGGCAAAGCCAGAGACAACACUGGGAGAAGCAGUGAAUGCAACUCCUACCUUUGCACAGUAGGUUACACUCUGGCCACACAAAAUUCACACCACACACAUCACCAUCCAGGCAGUAAGGCAGCUCAAAGCAGCAUUCCAGCUAAGACAUUGGAGCAGGAUCAGCGAGAGGCACAGUCUGACUAGAGCGACAUGAGUGAGAGGGUUGCAUCCAGUCCCUCAGGCCACAGUUUCUCAUCCCAUAAUUCAGACUAGUCAUAUAGUUAGGCAGAGAGGCACUUUCCUGCCUCGACUAGUAAUUCCUUUUGAAGCAGCAGGUUUCCACUGGCUCAAUACGUUCAAUGACACAGAGGUGGACUGAAGUAAAAUGUUUGUACGUGUCAGUAAAGCCAGCUCAUAUGUCGCCAUGUAAUUGUUUUAGGACUACAUAGCAAGCAUUUUGAGUUACACAGAGCUCUUCUGCAAGCAGGUUUAUGAAAACUAGGCUUAAAACUCAAGGCUUCAUAAGAACCUUAAGCAGGACUCUAAAAAGAUUUGUGGACCUCCUUUAAGAACCUUGAGUAGGAAUAUAAAGAUUUGUGAAUAUCCUUUAAGCUCCUUAUCCUACCUCCUAAGCAGCUGGACUAAGAAAAAGCUACAUUUCAACCACCUGGGAUCUGAAUUCAAUGAGCAUGCUGCUGAGACAUAACUUUUAUUCUCACAAACCAAAGCAAUCCCGCCAUCAUAAUUCCUUUUGCAAUCAUUCAAUGGGUUAAAUGAGAGCACCACAUUUGGUGGUUGUGCAAGAACUGCUUUCCUUUUUGUGCUCUCCAGUUAUCCGUAACAGGAUUAAGCUGAAGCCACAGGCUGAUUGCAAAAGUCAGGUUGAUGCAGCAGGUUGAGGGAUAUUUCAUACACCUUGAGUUUCCCCCUCUAAAAGAGAGAUUAUUUUAUUCAACCUUUGCAAAAUUUACGAAAACUUCAGGCAGAGAGAUAAAAUGAAAGCUCAGGCAGUGCUUUAUAACAAGGCCUCUAGACUCUGCCAUGCCCCUCAUCCAGGCUUGUUCUUCUUCUAUGUCAGGCCCUGUAAUACACUGCUUCUGUUUGUAAGAGUUAUCCAUCUGCAAGUAAGGCAUGCAGCUGAGAGAGGGAGAGCACAUCUACCUAUAAUGGAGAAACGCAACCACAUUCUAAAAAAAUAUAUAAAUGUUUAAGGCAAUAGCUUAAAGAACAUUAGAAGGCUUAAACACUGCCAGUUCCACAGUAGAGGCACUAAAAGAAAUGGAACAGGCCUGUCUUAGAUGAGCGGCUGUCUGGGAGAGGUCUAAAAUCCAGUUUUUAUCAGGCUCGCUAAUGUGGCGAGACACUAGAGCAAGAAAACUUGAUUUCCCCCAAACAGAGGUUGUGGGUAAUUUUGUGACGAAAGUAGCACCUGUGUUUUUCUCUUUUCAGAGAAAGAACUGAAAGCACUUCGCCAUGAAAACCGCAAGAAUGCAGCCCUCUCAGUGGCCCUCGUGCUGCUGCUUGUCGUUAUUUACACUUGCUGGACGAUGUAG